AACCAUUAGCUAUAGUCAAUGUUUGCAACCACUUAUUGUGGAAAAUGUGCAAUGUGGCAAUUUCAUGAAUUUGUCGAUAUUCUCACAUGCUUGCAUUUACAGACGUUAGCUAGCAAGGUAUAUGCCAGCCUGCUCUGAAAGUUACAUUACAAACUAGCUAGGUAGUUAACAUUUGCUAACGUUAGCUGGCUAACGCUUGCACAUUUCAGCUGACAUUCAGAACAAUAACGUACAAGCAAGCGAAGUUAUUAUAGAAGACAAAUGCAACUACAUACAGUUGAAGUCGGAAGUUAGCAUUCGCCUUAGCCAAAUACAUUUAAACUGUGUUUUUCUCAAUUCCUGACAUUUAAGCCUCGUAAAAAAAAAAAAAAAAUCCCCGUUUUAGGCCAGUUAGGAUCGCCACUAUUUUAAGAAUGUGAAAUGUCAGAAUAAUAGCAGCGAGAAUGAUUUAUUUCAUCACAUUCCCAGUGGGUCAGAAGUUUACAUAUUACAAUUAGUAUUUGGUAGCAUUGCCUUUAAAUUGUUUAACUUGGGUCAAAUGUUUCAGGUAACCUUCCACAAGCUUCCCCCAAUAAGUUGGGUGAAUUUUAGCCCAUUCCUCCUGACAGCUCCUGACAGCUGGUGUAACUGAGUCAGGUUUGUAAGGCCUCCUUGCUCACACACGCUUUUUCAGUUCUGCCCACCAAUGGUCUAUAGGACUGAGAUCAGAGCUUUGUGAUGGCCACUCCAAUACCUUGACUUUGUUGUCCUUAAGCCAUUUUGCCACAACUUUGGAAGUAUGCUUGGGGUCAUUGUCCAUUUUGAAAACCUAUUUGCGACCAAGCUUUAACUGCCUGACUGAUGUCUGGAGAUGGUGCUUCAAUAUAUCCACAUCAUUUUCUUCCUCGUGAUGCAAUCUAUUUUGUGAAGUGUACCACGCCCUCUUGCAGCAAAGCACCCUCACAACAUGAUGCUGCCACCCCCGUGCUUCACAGUUGGGAUGUUCUUUGGCUUGCAAGCCUCCCCCAUUUUCCUCCAAACAGAAUGAUGGUGAUUAUGGCCAAACAGUUCUAUUUUUGUUUCAUCAGACCAGAGGACAUUUCUCCAAAAAGUACUUUCUCCCCGUUUGCAGUUGCAAACUGUAGUCUGGCGGUUUUGUAGCAGUGGCUUCUUCCUUGCUGAGCGGCCUUUCAGGUUAUGUCGAUAUAGGACUUGUUUUACUGUGGAUAUAGAUACUUUUGUACCUGUUUUCUCCAGCAUCUUCACACGGUCCUUUGCUGUUAUGGGAUUUGCACUUUUCGCACCAAAGUACGUUCAUCUCUAGGAGACAGAACACGUCUCAUUCCUGAGCAGUAUGACGGCUGCGUGGUCCCUUGGUGUUUAUACUUGCGUACUAUUGUUUGUACAGAUGAAUAUGGUGCUUUCAGGCGUUUGGAAAUUGCUCCCAAGGAUGAACCAGACUUGUGGAGGCCUACAAUUUCUUUUCUGAGGUCUUGGCUGAUUUCUUUUGAUUUUCCCAUGAUGUCAAGCAAAGAGGCACUGAGUUUGAAGGUAGGUCUUGAAAUAGAUCCACAGGUACACCUCUAAUUGACUCAAAUGAUGUCAAUUACCAUAUCAGAAGCUUCUAAAGCCAUGACAUACUUUUCUGGAAUUUUCCAAGCUGUUUAAAGGCACAGUCAAUUUAGUGUAUGUAAAUUCUGACCCAAUAGAAUUGUGAUACAGUGAAAUAAUCUGUCUGUAAACAAUUGUUGGAAAAAUUACUUGUCAUGCACAAAGUCGAUGUCCUAACAGACGUGCCAAAACUAUAGUUUAUUAACAAGAAAUUUGUGGAGUGGACGAAAAACGAGUUUUCAUGACUCCAACCUAAGUUGAACCUGGAGUAUCAGCCCAGCUCAGGCACCUUGGCAGAAUGGAUCCAGAGAAGCACAGUCACCAGAGGGAGUAUAGAGAACCAAAGGCAUGCAGUCAGAGGAGGGAGUACGGAGGACCAAGCUCAGGACAAUGGGACGAUAGCUUUGAGAAGAGAGGCAAUGGCCAGGCUAUGCCCCGAGAGCCCUACAGUGAAUACUCCAGCAUGAGGCGAACUAGAGAAGGUGGGAAGGAGUAUGGUGCUUCCUCUGCUAUGAGCUACAUCAUGUACCCAUCAUCCAGAGACUGGAGCAAAGGCUCAUUGAGGGGUAGCAGUGGUCCCUUCUCCCCAGACACAGAUGGGGACAUUGAUGGAGAGCCUGUGGUGCUCAGUGUGGAGGACCUGGAACUCGCUCGUAAGAAGAAGGAGUUGAAGGUCAUAGAGGAAAAGAUAGCUCGCAAGAAAGCUGUUCUUGCUCUGCAAAAAGUUCAACGCAGAGCUAAGGACAUGCCUGAAACACAGGCUGCAUCCGCAACAGCGAAGGGCAUGUCUAAACAGAGGAAGGUAAACGAUACAACAUUCCAAAGAUACAGUAAUGUCGCGGACCAGUCGUCACGCAUAUGCCUACCUCUUAAACGGAGGGUGCUGGACAUUCUGAGUAAGCUCAGAAGAACACCGGUACAGUACCUACUGCAUAAGGAUACCGCUGCCAAGCUGAAGAAACAAAACAAGAUGCGAGCAUUGGAGCUAAUGAUUAGCGCUCCCCUAGAAAAUGAAGAGGCCCAUCCUCUGAGACUGAGAGUGAAGGGUUUAAUGAACCAGCGACGCUCUCCCAACAAUGAGGUGAUCGCUAAUGAUAAACAACAUAAUCCAACCAUUCAGAGGCCAGUUCACUCACUCAGGACACAGGAGAAAGACAUAGUAGCCACAGGCUUCCAGCGCUUCCUCAAUGUCCUCAAUGAAGGAGUGGACCUCAACAAGCUCUCAAAGAUCGUCAACGACGAAAAUGAGCAACUCAUUGUGGGCGAGGAGCUACCACAAGUUUGGCCGACUCUGCUCGAGGGUCAUGUUGACUACAGCAGUAGGUCCAAGUCUUCUCCAUUUGAGGAGAAGAAGGUGAGGCUUGAGGAUGAGCAGCGGUACGAGCGGAUGCAGACCCUGCUGGAGAUUGUUGGGCUGGACUUAGGGGUUGAGGAGUUGGGUCGGCUGACAGACAGGACCAAUGAUAGGCUAUAUGGAAAGAUGGGAGACUUGAAAAGGGACAGAGCCAGAGAAGGGGAAAGUCCUGCGAGAGAGAGAUGCAGGCAAAGAUGCUCUAGUACCAGAGAAAAGGACAGAGACAGAUCUGAGAGAAACCGAAAGGGAGACGGGCACAGACACUCUAGUACCAGAGAGCGAGACAAGGACAUACCGGUAGUCAGAGAAACUAACAGAUCAGAAAGGAACAGAGAUAAAGACUGGGACAGAGACCCAGAGAAGGACUGGGACGGAGGCCGAGAGAGAGACCGGGACAGAUCUAGGAGAGACGGGGGCAGAUACAGAUCUGAGAGAGACGGGGACAGAGACCCAGAGAAAAGCAGAGACGGAGGCCGAGAGAAAGACCGGGACAGAUACAGAUCUGAGAGAGACAGAAAACGAGAGAUAGCCAAGGAUUUAGACAGGUGGCUGCAAAGGACCAGAGACGGAGACAAACGUUCUAGGACCAGAGACUGGGACAGAGAGAGAUCUGAUAGGGAUAGGUAUGGGGAUGAGUCCAGUGAACGCUCCAUUGAGCUCUACUCAUACUCCAUGGACCCUAUAUUCCCUGUUUCUCAUCCCCAUGCAUCUAUGAUGGCUACCUACUCCACCACCCAGUACUCUCAGUGUAUGACGUACCACAGCAGCCCCUACACCAUGGCCUUCCCUCCAGGGUGGGGUUAUCCCGCUGGUACCAUGCCUGCUGGUAUUAUGCCCCCUGGUAUUAUGCCCCCUGGUAUCAUGCCCCCUGGUACCAUGCUUCCUGGAAUCAUGCCAGCUGGUGCCAUGCUGCCUAGUAACAAGCCCCGCCAACCUAACCCCCCUGGGUAUCCACCCUACACCAACUUCCCCCCAUAUUACUCUAAUGGUACCACAGCCUUAAACCAGACAUACACAUACACCCAGCCUGCCAGCACUCGAGCAGUCUUAAGUCAGAGAUGCACAUACAUCCAACCCACUAGAAACCGCAGGAAAAAGACACAGAAGCAUGCCCGAGGGAAAGUGUCCUGUCAGAUGGUGACAAAGAAGUCCCCCGCGGUUUUGACCACUCAGAUAGCGACAAAGAAGUCCCCCCCCGAACCAGGGUCCAAGAUUAAAGCAAAGGGGAGAAACAAUAUAUUCUUCACAGGUAUAUUCAUGAAGAGUUAUCACAGUCAUCUAAGGAAGUUCCAGUAUUAUUUGAAACGGCUUGCGAAGAGGAGGAAUAAGGUUCACCAGCGCAAAAGAAAGCGAUUGCUUGCAGAAGCAGCAGGGAAAGUGGCCCCUCACUUCCCCUUUGAACCGGAGCCCCCCAAGAAAGACGGGGAGAAACUACAUGCUGACACUUCUGAAGAAGUGGUUCCUCAGGAAGCUGCAGAUAAUUUGGAGGCACCAUCUGAAACAGGGCCUAAGAAAGAACCGGAAGGUGAGAAACUACAUGCUGACACUUCUGAAGAAGUGGUUCCUCAGGAAGCUGCAGAUAAUUUGGAGGCACCAUCUGAAACAGGGCCUAAGAAAGAACCAGAAGGUGAGAAACUACAUGCUGACACUGCUGAAGAAGUGGUUCCUCAGGAAGCUGCAGAUAAUUUGGAGGCACCAUCUGAAACAGGGCCUAAGAAAGAACCAGAAGGUGAGAAACUACAUGCUGACACUGCUGAAGAAGUGCUCCCUCAGGAAGCUGCAAAGAAUGUGGAGGCACCAUCUGAAACAGGGCCUAAGAAAGAACCAGAAGGCGAGAAACUACAUGCUGAUGCUGCAGAGAAAGUGGCUCCUCAGGUGACUGCAAUGGACACUGCGGCCCCCUCUGAAAUGGGUCCCAAGAAAAAAAAGUUGUAUCCAGGUAUCUUCAUGAAGAUUCUAAUGAGACGUCUAAAGAGGCAUCUGUGCAAGAUAAAAGGGAAGAAGAAGCAUUUUGCAAAGAGGAGGAAAAAGGCUUUCCAGUACAAAGGGAAGAGACCAUUGGUAGAUACUAAGGAAAAAGUGCCUCUUCUAGAGGCUGCAAAGGACUCUGGGAACCCCUCUGAACCAUGGCCCAAGAAAAAGAAAAAAAAGAAAACACUAGAGGAAAAAGGAGGUAUAUACUACCCAGGGAUAUUCAUAAGGGUACACAGAACGUAUUUGACAAGGGGGAAACUGGCAAAGGCAAAAGCAGCUGCUGAAGGCACUGAGGCCAUUUCUGAACCAGCACCCACGAUUGAAGGGGGGGGAGGAAUGACAGAAGGGAAGGAACUGCUUGCAGACACAUUAGAGAAAGGGGUUCCUCAAGUGGCUACAAAUGACUCUGGGCUUCCCCCUGAACCAGGGCCCAACAAAGAACCAGAAAGAGAGGAAGAAACUAUGUUAGAAGAUGAGAAACUGCUUGCAGAUCAUGUGGCGAAAGUGUCUGUAAAGGGCCCUCAGGUCCUCUUGGAACCAAAGGCUGAGAAAGACCGAGAAGGAGAGGACGACGCAAGUAUAGAUGGUGAGAAACUGCUAGCAGACCCUGUGGAGAAAGUGUCUAUAACGGGCCCUGGCUUGCUCUCUGAACCAGAGACUGAGAAUGAGACAAGGGGAGAAACAACCAGUGGCAUGAGAAUUAAUGAAGGAAAAACAAGCUUGAAGAGUUCAACCUGAAGAUGGGCACGCCUAACACAGCAUCAAAGGAUGGCUAGCUGUUAUCUUCACUUGGCAUCAUGAGCUUAUCGCACACUAGAAUAGAACCUGCUGCUGACCCAUCCAGACCCUAUGGACAUCAGUUGGCUUACAUUCUUACCUAUCAACCAUUUAAUAGAUUUGUAAUCACUGAAAAAUUAUUUGUUAAAGUUUAGCCUCAUCCUUAAAUGCUUCGUAUUGAAUUUAUUUUCAGUGUAAUUUAUUGAUAAUGUGUGUGGGGUAUGGGGAGGGUCUAGCACAUUCAUAUAUGCUAAGUACCUUUAGCGCCUAUUGAUGAUAGUAUCUUCUGGCCGGGGGAGUUUAAUUAAGAGCCCCGACCCUUGCACUAAACGUUAACACGCAUCGCUUGCGGCCUGAUUUUGGAACAUGAGGAACUAUCUUUCAUAUCAGCGUUGGACAAAAUUGCACAUUUAUUGGGUUAGGGUUCCCACACGGCCAUAUUUCCAUGUUACAGUGCUUGUUUACGGAAAACUGAUGGAAGACUGAGUCGACUACCUUUGCUAAUUACCGAUCUGCAUCUCCAAAACCCUGUGUGUAAAUGGAAGAUGGACGCCACAAACUCGUUGUCACUGAAAGAUACUGUCGGCUGCAACUGUUAAAACCGGUUUUAUAAACUGGGUGGUUUGAGGCCUGAAUUCUGAUUGGCUGAAAGCCAUGGUAUAUCAGACCAUAUACCAUGGGUAUGACUAAACAUUUAGUUUUACUGCUCUAAUUACAUUGGUAACCAGUGUAUAAUAGCAAUAAGGCUCCUCUGGGGUUUGUGAUGUAGGGCCAAUAUCCCACGGCUAAGGGCUGUGUCCAGGCACUCCGUGUCGCGUCGUGCUUAAGAACAGUCCUUAGCCCUGGUAUAUUGGCCAUAUACCACAACUCCUCGGGCCUUAUUGCUUAAAUAACAGAGUAAGUGUACAUUUUGCAUAUGAAAGUAGAUGGCUUGAUGUUUCUAGAACCGUACUGCAAUUAGAUGGAGUAUUUGGCUGCCAGAGACAAUUUACCUGUUCUAAACCAAGUAAGGGCGUGGAGUUUAUUUGGUCUGGUCAUGUGGUCAAGAGAAAUUCCUGGCCCUAGAUAUAGUACAUGUGUAUCAAUCCGAUAAAUGCUAUUGACGGCAUUAUGUUUGUAAGUUGUCAUGCCUGAUAGCUAAAAGUAAGAACUGCCCAUGUUUCAUUCCCCAGUGCAGUCAGCCCUCCUAUUUCUAUAGAUCUUUCACUUUGUAAAUAUGUAAUUGAAUAAAAUAUUCGGUCUAUUGUAA